UCAUUCACCUUGAGAGCCGAAUGGAGAGGAUGAGGACAAAACUAGGCUAGGAUUCCAGUCUGAUUUUCUUGGUCUUUUCUACUCCCUUUUGAUCAUCACCAAAUAUAUGGACACAUAUCACCUCACCAUCUAAAGAGUUACUAUUACCAGCCCUUUUUUUCUUUGGGAGGGGGUUCUCUUCUUGAUAAGAAGGGGCCAGCGAUAGAGGGAAACAACGCAUUGAAGAGGGGUUUCUUUUGAGAGAAACUUAAGAGGAGAAGGAAAGGAAAAAGAAAAAAAAAAGAAAAAUGAAUGUGUUGGCUUCAUCAGAAUGUAGAAGUGGCUGUGAGUCUGGUUGGACUCUUUACUUAGAACAAUCUUUUCUUUCUGCAAAUCCUUCACAUAAAGAUAGAAAGAGUGAUUUUUGUGAUGAACAUAGAGAGAAUAGAGUUAAAGAAGAGGAUGUUGAAGAUGAAGAAGAAGACCUGUCCAUGGUUUCUGAUGCAUCUUCUGGGCCUCCACAUUUCAAUGAAGAUAAUGGUUACUUCAAUGAUGAUAGCCGAUAUCAAUAUUCCGCAACCAAAGGUGCUACACUGAAUAACCAGGACAGCAAAGGACACAGAAACGAGGAACAUCGACGACGCCGGAAAGAUCAAGAACUGCCUUCUUUUCUUGAUGAUACUGCCAGCUCUCCUCUCAUCAAUUUCUCCAAGAACAAUUUUGCUCUCACAAAUAAUCAAGCUUCGAAGGAGAGUGUCUUUGAUUAUCCCCAGGGGUUCUCCGCAUCACACUUUCAGCAGGGAGGAUCUGCAUUCCAAGACCACUUUGGUUUUUUGCAGUCUUCUCCAUCUGGAAGCCAGCUACGAAAUAACCAGUACUGGUAUUAAGGAAAGAAAAUGGAGUCGGAGAUGAGAUAAGGUGGUUUCCCAUCAGCCUGCUCUUGCUGCUGUGGCUCUAAGAAGGAAAUGGAAGAAAGGGUUGCCAAAGUGAAAAAAGAAUCAGAUCUUAAAGGGGGAUCUUGUUCGUUUUAUUUUGUUUCGUUUCAUUUCCAAUUCCAAGUUUCCUUGUACCCGGCCAAUGCAAUGGGGAACGACCAGAGAGCCAAAGUUGGAAAUAAAAGUAGUUGUUUUCAAAAA